CCUCCCACCCGCACACAACUCCUCUCUGCUCUGCACCAGAAAGGAGCAUCCGUUGCUCUCCGCCCUCCGUCUCUCUCGAAUUCUUGCUCUCCCUCUCUUUCUCUCUGUCAGUUGGUGUGUCCUCAGAAUGAGGGUAGCAGCAGCAGGAGGAGAUCGAGCCACAUUCACUGCGGCAGUCAGGACAGGCUGUCCUUCAUCCAUGCACCCUCUACCGCUGCAUUCACCCCUGCCCUGAGAACGCAGUGCUCAUCCUUGUGUUCUGUCUCUGCCUCUCUCAUCUGCUCCCUCACCUCUUUAUUCAUCUGCCCCCCCCUUCUGUCUCUGUAGCAGUGAUGGAGAAGACCACCAUGUAGAGACAGAGAGGCAGCAGAGGCUAAACCAAAACAGCAGCAAUGGGAAGCCACACAUGGAGCGUGUCUGGACUGCAGCCGUGGUGAGCCUGAGACCAACGGGACUUGAAGGCACCAUCCUCCACCCUCCUCAGGACCUGACCACUGGGGCUGUCCGACGCUCACCUGGAUGCUCGCCACUGGUUUUCCACCGUCUCUCCUCUCCUUGUUCUCUCCUGCUCUUUCCUCUCUUCUUAUGUUUCUUCUGUUUGAUUUUUUUUUUCUUUUUUGGUGUGCUGAUAUCUGACAGUCUCUCCUGAAUCAGAGAAGCUGCUUCUCAUUUUUUUAUUGAGCCCUUGGAUUUUUUCCCCCCUUAUUAAUCCCCUCUAUAAGUGGCAAAUUUUUUUUCUCCUUUUCCCCUCCUCUGCGGUUGCCUUCUUGAGUCCUGUCUUGGAUUUUUUUUCCUCCCCCUUGGGAUGAGAUUGAGCUCAUCUCUCUGUUGUAGAAGCUUUUUAUUUUUUUGACUGAUCUCUAAGCAAUAACGAACACUUAUCUGACUGAGUCGACUAGUUGACAUCAUGGGGGACCUUUCCAACAGCGAUUUUUACGCCAAGAACCAAAGAAACGAGGGGAACCAUGCAGCUGGCUUUGGCUGCUCGGUCAUGGAUCUGCGCUUGUUGAUGGAGCUGCGUGGCACGGAGGCGGUGGUCAAGAUCCAGGAGGACUACGGGGGCACAGAGGGACUGUGCAAACGACUGAAAACCUCACCCACAGAAGGACUUGCAGGAGCCCAAGCUGAUUUAGACAAGAGAAGAGAAAUAUAUGGGAAAAACCUGAUACCUCCAAAGAAGCCAAAAACCUUCCUGCAGCUGGUAUGGGAAGCUCUGCAGGAUGUCACCCUCAUCAUCCUGGAGAUCGCAGCUCUGAUCUCCCUGGGCCUCUCCUUCUACCAUCCUCCCGGAGAGAGCGGUGGCGAGUCUUGCGGCACGGCAGGAGGCGGAGCAGAGGAAGAGGGCGAGGCCGGCUGGAUUGAGGGUGCUGCCAUCCUGUUGUCUGUGGUGUGUGUGGUGCUGGUGACGGCCUUCAAUGAUUGGUCGAAGGAGAAGCAGUUCCGUGGGCUGCAGAACCGCAUUGAACAGGAGCAAAAGUUCCAGGUGGUCCGUGGGAGCCAGGUCAUACAGCUGCCUGUGGCUGACAUCGUGGUAGGGGACAUCGCACAGGUUAAAUAUGGCGACCUGCUGCCUGCUGAUGGAGUGUUGAUUCAGGGCAAUGAUCUGAAGAUCGAUGAGUCAUCGUUGACGGGCGAGUCCGACCACGUCAAGAAGUCUGCAGACAAGGACCCCAUGUUGUUGUCUGGGACCCAUGUGAUGGAGGGGUCGGGACGCAUGGUGGUGACUGCUGUCGGAGUUAACUCUCAAACUGGAAUCAUCUUCACUCUGCUGGGUGCUGGAGCAGAGGAAGAAGAGAAGAAAGAAAAGAAAGGAGAUGCAGUGGAAGAUGGACACCAGACUACAGGUAAAAUGCAAGAUGGCAAUAUGGAGAGCAACCAGAUUAAAGUGAAGAAGCAGGAUGGAGCAGCUGCCAUGGAGAUGCAGCCACUGAAGAGUGCAGAAGGUGGAGAAGCUGAAGAGAAAGAGAGGAAGAAGGUGUCUGUACCCAAGAAAGAAAAGUCUGUGCUGCAGGGAAAGUUGACCAAACUUGCCGUCCAGAUUGGAAAAGCAGGUUUGCUCAUGUCGGCCAUUACCGUCAUCAUCCUUGUCCUGUACUUUGCCAUUGAAAACUUUGUGUUGAAUAAGCGUCCUUGGAUGCCAGAGUGCACUCCUAUCUACAUCCAGUACUUUGUCAAGUUCUUCAUCAUCGGUGUGACUGUGCUGGUGGUGGCCGUGCCGGAGGGAUUGCCGUUGGCUGUCACCAUCUCUCUCGCUUACUCUGUCAAGAAAAUGAUGAAAGACAAUAACCUGGUGCGUCACUUGGAUGCAUGCGAAACGAUGGGCAAUGCCACAGCCAUCUGCUCCGACAAGACAGGCACGCUAACUACCAACCGUAUGACAGCCGUGCAGUGUUACAUUGGAGAUGUGCACUACAAAGAAAUCCCAGAUCCUGGAGUUCUGCCACCCAAGUCACUGGACUUACUGGUUAAUGCCAUUGCUAUCAACAGCGCCUACACCACUAAGAUACUGCCUCCAGACAAAGAAGGCGGUCUGCCAAAGCAAGUGGGCAACAAGACAGAGUGCGGCCUGCUGGGACUGGUCUUGGAGCUAAAGCGAGAUUAUCAGCCAAUAAGAAACCAGAUCCCAGAAGAGAAGCUUUACAAAGUGUACACCUUCAACUCUGUCAGGAAAUCCAUGAGCACAGUCAUCAAAUUGCCUGACGGGAGUUUCCGCAUGUACAGCAAAGGAGCUUCUGAGAUAGUCCUCAAGAAAUGCAACCACAUCCUGAAUGAGGUUGGAGAGUCAAGGGUUUUCCGUCCACGGGACAAGGAUGAGAUGGUGAAGAAGGUGAUAGAACCCAUGGCCUGUGAUGGCUUGAGGACCAUUUGUGUGGCUUACCGUGACUUCACCAACAAUCCUGAGCCCAACUGGGAUGAUGAAAACAACAUCCUUAGUGAUUUGACAGCCAUCUGUGUUGUUGGGAUAGAAGAUCCUGUCCGGCCAGAGGUGCCAGAUGCCAUCCAGAAGUGCCAGCGUGCAGGCAUCACAGUACGCAUGGUGACAGGAGACAACAUCAACACAGCCAGGGCCAUCGCCAUCAAGUGUGGCAUCAUCCAUCCUGGAGAGGACUUCCUCUGCAUCGACGGCAAGGAGUUCAACAGGAGGAUUCGCAACGAGAAAGGCGAGGUGGAGCAGGAGCGCAUUGACAAGGUCUGGCCCAAACUCCGAGUUCUUGCCCGGUCUUCACCAACCGACAAGCACACUCUUGUAAAAGGCAUUAUUGACAGUACCAUGGCAGACCAGAGGCAGGUGGUGGCUGUGACGGGAGACGGAACCAAUGAUGGGCCAGCCCUAAAGAAGGCUGAUGUUGGAUUUGCAAUGGGUAUUGCUGGUACAGAUGUGGCCAAGGAGGCGUCAGAUAUCAUUCUGACUGAUGACAACUUCAGCAGCAUUGUUAAGGCGGUGAUGUGGGGCCGGAACGUGUACGACAGUAUUUCCAAGUUCCUCCAGUUCCAGCUCACUGUCAACAUUGUGGCCGUCAUUGUGGCUUUUACUGGUGCCUGCAUCACGCAGGACUCUCCGCUGAAGGCAGUGCAGAUGUUGUGGGUGAACCUGAUCAUGGAUACCUUUGCAUCUCUGGCUCUAGCCACAGAGCCUCCGACAGAAUCUUUGCUGAAAAGGAAACCAUACGGUCGCAACAAGCCUCUCAUUUCCAGCACCAUGACAAAGAACAUCUUCGGACAUGGAGUGUAUCAGCUCAUCAUCAUUUUUACUCUUCUUUUUGUUGGUGAGCAGAUCUUUGACAUUGACAGUGGUCGUAACGCCCCUCUCCACUCUCCUCCAUCUGAGCACUACACCAUCAUCUUCAACACCUUUGUCAUGAUGCAGCUCUUUAACGAAAUAAAUGCUCGGAAAAUCCACGGCGAGAGGAAUGUCUUUGACGGUAUUUUCAGGAACCCCAUCUUCUGCUCCAUCGUUUUCGGCACUUUUGCUGUCCAGAUUGUGAUUGUACAGUUUGGAGGGAAACCUUUCAGCUGUCAGCCGCUGGACCUGGAAAAGUGGAUGUGGUGUGUUUUUCUGGGACUCGGGGAGCUUGUCUGGGGGCAGGUGAUAGCCACCAUACCCAAUAGCAGGUUGCGCUUCCUGCGGCGGGCAGGCCAGUUAACUCAGAAAGAUGAGUUACCAGAAGAAGAUGUCAAUGAGGAAAAUGAAGAGAUCGACCAUGCAGAAAGGGAGCUGAGGAGAGGACAAAUCCUCUGGUUCAGAGGACUUAACCGUAUUCAGACUCAGAUUGAAGUAGUCAACACCUUCAAGAGUGGCACCUCCUUUCAGGGGGCAGGGGCUCUGAGACGCCAAUCAUCCACCACCAGCCAGACCCAGGAUAUCCGCGUUGUGAAUGCAUUCCGUAGCUCCCUCUAUGAAGGCCUGGAAAAACCCGAUUCCAGAACAUCCAUCCACAAUUUCAUGACGCACCCCGAGUUUAGGAUAGAAGACUCCACGCCCAACAUCCCCCUCAUCGACGAUACGGACGAUGAUUCCACUCGGAGGAGGAGAAAGUACUCCAGCCAGCCCUCGUCCCCCAACAAGAACAACAACGCCAUUGACAGCGGUAUCAAUCUAACCAUCGACACCAGUAAAUCAGCCGCAUCCUCCAGCCCUGCCAGCCCUUUGCACAGCUUGGAGACCAGCCUCUAACCCGCCCAACCGAACCUCAGCUCUAACCUGUAAUCUUUGUCCCUCUAGCUCGCAGUCUGUGGGGGCGACUUUGAACUGCAAACCUUAAACUUUGUCAACCCGGGAAUCACAUCUAUCCCAGUUCAUCCUCCAUUCUCCUCCACGGGAUGGGUCCUGUGGCAAGACGUUCACCUUUUUCUAAGCUUGCUGCUUCUGACGGAGAAAAGUCAAAAAUAACACGACGACGUGAACAAAAUGAAGGAUACAAUC